CAAGAAGGAGCCUGUGGCAGUGAAGAACAGCAAACCUGCUCCCGCCUACGAGUCGGAGGAGGAGGAAAAGUGCAAACCCAUGUCCUACGAGGAGAAGAGGCAACUGAGUCUGGACAUCAACAAACUCCCAGGGGAGAAAUUGGGGCGAGUUGUGCACAUCAUCCAGUCCAGGGAGCCUUCGCUCAAGAAUUCCAACCCCGACGAGAUCGAGAUCGACUUCGAGACGCUGAAGCCGUCGACGCUGCGCGAGUUGGAACGUUACGUCACCUCCUGCCUGCGCAAGAAGAGGAAACCACCUGCCGAGAAGGUCGAUGUCUUGGCAGGCUCCUCCAAGAUGAAAGGCUUCUCCUCCUCCGAGUCGGAGAGCUCCAGCGAGUCCAGCUCCUCCGACAGCGACGAGUCGGACUCAG